AUCCAAAGCCUAGAAUUCAACGACCUAACUUUCUUUCGAUGUUCAUCGCAACUCCAUGGAUAUGACGUGACAUGACACAACUUGCAGUUGCAGGUACUUCUCUUCCCACUUCUCUCUCCAAGUUUCCAUUUCCGCCGAUUCGAUAGUUUAUGCAAUCUUCAACGGAACACACGCAGAACACACAGUUCAAGUAUUCAGCAAUCAAUGGCGGUCUUCUCUAACGAAUUCUUUACUCAACGUGUUUCCAUUGGUACGCACACGAAACCCACUUCCUAUACUCGUCGAAGUUGCUUGGUUAGUUGCAGAAACCAUAUCCCUCACCACUGUUACACCAGAAAACUACCGAGGAUUAGGGUUUCUACUGAAACAAGGGCUGCCCAUUCCCAAUCUCCUGAUUUCGAAGAGACCCGUCUAUUGAAACUCUUCAAUAGAUCCUGCAAAACAGGAAAAUACAGUGAAUCACUUUAUUUUCUUGAGUGCAUGGUAAAUAAGAGUCACAAACCAGAUGUAAUUCCCUGUACAAAACUUAUACAAGGUUUUUUCAAUUCGAGAAAUGUUAAAAAAGCAGUGAGGGUCAUGGAGAUCUUGGAAUCUCAUGGAGAGCCUGAUGUGUUUGCUUAUAAUGCGGUGAUCAGUGGGUUUUGCAAACUGAACCGCAUCGACUCUGCUACCAAAGUCUUGGACCAUAUGAGAACCCGAGGUUGUUUGCCUGAUGUAGUUACAUAUAAUAUAUUGAUUGGGAGUCUCUGUAGCAGAGGGGAGCUUGGAUUAGCUCUCAGAGUCUUGGAUCAGUUAUUGAAGGAUAACUGUCGCCCAAAUGUGAUUACUUACACUAUCCUGAUUGAUGCAACCAUUGCUGAAGGUGGCAUAGAUGAAGCAAUGAAGCUUCUCAAUGAGAUUAUGUCCAAAGGGCUUCAACCUGAUAUGUAUACUUACAAUGCCAUCAUUAGGGGAAUGUGCAAGGAAGGGAUGGUGGAUCGAGCUUUUGAGUUUGUUAUGAAUUUGCCCUCUCAGGGUUGUGAACCAGAUGUGAUCUCAUACAAUAUCUUGUUAAGGACAUUCUUAAAUCAGGGGAGAUGGGAUGAUGGGGAGAGACUAAUGGCUGAGAUGCUUUCAAGGGGUUGCGAUCCUAAUGUUGUUACCUAUAGUAUUCUGAUCAGCUCAUUUUGUCACGAGGGGAAGGUCGAGCAGGCAAUUGACAUGUUGAAAGUUAUGAUAGCAAGGGGAUUCAUUCCUGAUACUUACAGUUAUGAUCCAUUGAUUUCCACAUUCUGCAAAGAAGGGAGAUUGGAUUUGGCAAUUGGGGUCUUGGAAUACAUGAUCUCCAAUGGCUGUUCCCCUGAUACUGUCAACUAUAACACUAUCUUGGCUGCUCUCUGUAAAAGUGGAAAUGCUGAUCAGGCUUUGGAAAUAUUCGAGAAGCUCAUCCAAACAGGAUGCCCUUCAAAUGUUAGUACAUACAACACAAUGAUCAGUGGACUGUUGAGUGGUGGGGACAGGUUGAAAGCUCUGGGUUUGGUCUCACAAAUGGUUGGUGAAAGAAUUGAUCCUGAUGAAAUCACUUACAACACACUAAUAUCAUAUCUUUGUAGGGAUGGAAUGGUGGAUGAAGCUAUUGGGUUGUUAUGGGACAUGGAGGAUGCUGGGUUCUUGCCCACAGUUAUAAGUUAUAAUACUGUGCUUCUUGGGUUGUGUAAAGUACAUAAGAUUGACAAGGCCAUCGAUAUACUAGCAGAAAUGGUGGAGAAGGGGUGUAAGCCGAACGAAAACAGUUACAUUUUACUGAUUGAAGGUAUGGGUUAUGCUGGAUGGAGAGCUGAGGCUUUGGAGUUAGCGAAUGCACUUCUUGAUAGGGAAUUUAUCUCCAAAAAAGCCUUCAGAUGCUUGAACAGAAUUUUCCCCAUGCUUAAUGUAUACAAAGAACUCACAAAUUUUGAAAGCAAGACAUAGCUCUGUUCCUUUUCCUUGAUUUGGGCCUCUAUUUAUAUGUUUCUGUGAGUGAUAGAUUUUAAUCAGUUCUUGUUACAUCUCAAUAGAGAUAGUUUGCCUCCUUAGCGACUCCUGUUGGUGUAUUUAUUUCAGCCAUGAGAGGACCAAAUUGAUCUUAUACUUUGAUUCAAGGGAUAUGUCUACAGUUUGGCAUCUCUAACUGUAACUCGGGUAUUGAAAGCGAAAUUAAUGAAUGUGAACCAGAAAUGGAAUUCCUGAAGAAAUUGAUUGAAGAGUCAUGUUACUCUCACAUUCUUCAGCAGUUGGAAUUUUACAAGUCCUGAACUUGCAAGGAGGCCCUUUGUGUUUGGUCACUAGUACCCAAUUCUUGGUUUCCAAAGGCAAUGGAGAAAAAGAAGAUAGAAAUGUACAGGGUUUGAGGUUGAUUUAAUGUCUGUAAGAUUUAAGGUGGAAUUGAACCCAUCAGAAAGAAUCAUGUAAUCAAGCAAUGCUGAAUGCACUCAACUCAAAUGAGCAGCUGAUUGAACCUUGUUCCUGCUUUAAAUCUUCAGUGUAGUCUGUAUUUUUAUG